AUGUCUCCAUAUCAACUGGUGUAUGGUAAAGCUUGUCACCUGCCAUUAGAGCUUCAACACAAAGAAUUUUGGGCUCUCAAGUUAUUGAAUUUUGAUAGUGAAGCUGUUGGUGAAAGGAGGCUUUUGCAAUUGCAAGAAUUGGAAGAAUUCAGAUCCCAAGCCUAUGAAAAUGCCAAAAUGUACAAGGAAAAGGCAAAGGAAACACACGACCUCAAGAUAGCACCAAGAUGCUUUGAAGAAGGUCAGAAAGUGAUACUUUACAAUUCCAGACUGAAACUUUUCCCUGGGAAAUUAAGAUCAAGGUGGUCUGGCCCUUUUCUUAUCACCAAGGUUUCCCCUUAUGGACAUAUAGAAAUCAUGGAAGAAAAAUCACAGGAGACCUUCACUGUAAAUGGACAAAGGCCCAAGCACUACUUGGGUGACAUGAAGGAAAGGACUAAGGCAAAAUACAGACUCGACUGA